CUCUCCAACGACCUUAUUAUUAUUAUUAUCAUGGAGCCGCAGCGCCACCACCCCCAGCCCCACAUCUCCGCCGCCGGCCCCACCACCCCCUUCGGCUCCACCGCCUCCUACCCCUACGCCACCUCCGGCCAAAAGCGCCCCAAGUCCCGCGGCAGUUACACCUGCGGCCGAUGCGGCCAGCCCAAGCGCGGCCACACCUGCCAGUUUCGUCCCCCUCCCGCCGCCGAUUCUCACCCCGACACUCCCAUCUCCAUCACCCGCACCCCGGCCCUCCCGCCUCCCCCGCCGCCGCGUCAGCCCUACUCCAACCUCCGCCGCGCUCUGUCGUUCGACGACGUGGAAAGCUCCGGCUACGGGGACUCCGAUGCUCCGGAUCCGGAUCCGGACUUCGACGAGGUCGAGGUCGAGGUCAUUGAGGACACGGAGGUUGACUGGGAUCGGGGAUGGGGCGGACUUCCGAUGAGCUGUCUUUGGGAGAUUCUGAGGCGGCUGCCGCCGCCGGGGCUGUUAUCGGGGGCGAUGGUGUGCCGAGGAUGGAGGGAGACGACGAGGAGGCUCUGGAAGGCCGCGGAGUCCCUGAGGCUUAGGGUUCCGGCGAGGGCUCAGGUUCGGUUUGUUCGAUUGGUGCUGCAUAAAUGCCCCAACCUCGUUAGCCUCUCUCUCACAAUUGAAAGUGAUGUCGAUGCGACAAUGCUCGAGUGUAUUGCAUUUUCGUGCCCAAGUCUUGAGUCUAUGGAGAUCUACAUGUCUGAGAAGGCAACCAAUCGGAUCACUGGUGAUGAAUUGAGUCGUUUUGUUGCUGAUAGAAGAUUACUGAAAAGCCUUAAGAUGGAAGGGUGUUCUAAUAUAGGUGGCGUUGCUCUUUGUUCAUCUAGUCUUUUGACACUUUGGCUUUCGGGUCUUCAUUCCCUUUCUAAGAUGGCUUUCAAUUGCCCUAACUUGAAAGAGAUUUCCUUGGAUUUUUCUCGUGAAAGAAAUGAUAAUACUGAUCUUGUAACUAUGGUUGAUGGUCUGGGAAGGAAUUGCCCAAGGCUGCAAAACAUACACAUUGCAUCAGUCCGGCUUUCACAUGCUGUUGUCCUUGCACUUACAGCUGCUCAAUUAAGUGAUUUGCGAAUGCUAUCUCUUGUUCUUGGAUCUCAAAUUACUGAUGCAUCAGUUGCUGCUGUAGCUUCGAGCUAUCCAUACUUGGAAUUGCUUGAUCUGAGCGGAUCUAGCAUCAGUGAUAGUGGCAUUCAGAUCAUUUGCAAUGUGUUUCCCGAAACUCUUUCAAGGCUACUCGUUGCUCUUUGUCCCAAUAUCACUACAAUGGGUAUAGUAUUUGCGACAACUCAACUGCCUCUUCUUGAGCUGAUGGACUGUGGCAUGACGAUUUGCGACCCCAAUGCUUCAGAUCCUACAUCUGAAGAAAGUAGUAACUUUCAAUUGUCACUGACAUCAAAGGCCAAAACACACCUCAUUUGCCAGAAUCUAAUAAUUAAACAUAGCCGAUUGAAAAAACUUAGCUUGUGGGGCUGUUCUAGCUUAGAUGCUCUAUCUUUAAGCUGCCCAGAACUCAAUGAUGUAAACUUAAAUUCUUGUUUCAAUUUGCUUCCAGAGAGAUUGUCACUUCAGUGCCCAAAUUUAGAAAAGGUGCAUGCAUCAGGUUGUCAACGGAUGCUGAUUGGAGCCAUUCACAGUCAGCUUCAUAAUAAUGUCGCUACUAUGGAUAGCCUAUUACCAUGCAAGCGUUUAGCCAGUGGCUCAAAGAGGAUUCGGGUUCCACAUUAUUUGAUGGAACAGAGUUUGCAGUCAUAUGAGGAUGAUAAGAAGCGAAGAAGGGUUUAUAGGCAGCGUUGUGAUGUGCUUUUCUAGAUCAUCACAUGCCAUGGGAACAUUCCUGUAAUGUAAACAUGGUGCAUCAGGCCUUGUUUCUCUGUAAGCACGAAGUUUCAUACUCGAUCCUAAUCACUACCCGGAGCUGAUCGAUGCAUUGUACAAUAGCGUUCCCUCCAAGGAAACUGAACUGUGUUGUAGUUUCAAACUAGUCUUCCAGAAUUUGGAAAAACAUUGGUUACCAGACAAAAUUCAUUUCAAAUAAAUUGUUUUCACUUUAUAUUUCAAUCAUUUGGAUUUCUGAAUUCAUGUUGCAUCCGAAAUGUCCCCCCCCCCCAGCUUAGUUAGAGUGGGCUACUUCAAGUUCGGAUUACUUUUACAUGGACAAGUUUUAAGAUCGGUUUAUAUAAACAAGAUUUGGGU